AUGGACAGCUCUCCUCUUCCAAGGGGUGUCCGGACGCCUUUAUUCCGGCAAACACGCACGUUUAAAAUAGGAUUUCAGCCGGCCAAAGUGACGCCGGCUCUAUGUAUAGUCCGCGCCUGGGGCCGUCCGAGUGAAGACCAUCUCGGAAAACCCGCAGGACCCGGGCCCGUCCCGGGAUGUGCAGGGCCAGCUCCCUCGCGGUGGCCAGACCGGCCGCCCUGUGCCGGCGGGCUGCGGGGGGAGCUGAGCCCGACCCGACCCCUCCGCCCCCCGGCGGCGAUGCUCGCCCGGGCCGGGAGCCGGCGCGCCGGGCGGAGGAGGGGACGAGAGAGGAGGGGAGGGGAGGGCGAGGAGGGGGGGAGGGCGUGGGCGGCCGCUGCCCCCCCGUCCCGGCGGCACGUGCCGGCCCGCCCCCGCGGGCCACUGCCGCGCCCCGACGGCCCCGGCAUGGACGCGCCCGGCCAGCGGCCCGCCGGCCCCCUAGCCGGCCCGGAGGGCGCGCCGGCCGAGCGGGACCCGAGCACAAGCCCGAGCUCCAACCCUGGCCCGGAGGCGACCAUCCAGGAGGAGGAGGAGGCGGCGUACGUGGAGAUCCGCGGCUCGCCGCAGGAGCCGGAGGAGAGCUGCCAGAAGCCCGAACUGGCCCCGGCCGGCGGCGCGGAGGGAGCGUCCGGUCCCGCACCGGACAGCGGAGCGGGGGGCAUCGGGGAUGGCGACUCGGCGAGCGGCGGACCCCCGGGAGAGAAAGCGGGGCCAGCAUCCUUGGACCACGGGCGGGAUCGCCCUCCUUCCCCGGCGGCGGCGGAAUGCGGCGCUGACACCGGCCCCGGCUUCGUGGAGGCGGCGGGGAGCGGCGGGACGCUGGAGGCGGGGGGCUGCCCGGAGUCCUCCUCUUCCUCCUGCCCUUCGCCCGUGACCAAAGCGGACGACUUUCCCGCAAUGGGCGACCCUAUGUCGACGGAGGGCAAAACCUCCUCGUCGUCCUUCGGCUACGAAAGCGAAGUGGAGGAUGAGGUCGCGGGGCGCAAGGCGACUCCCCCCGGCGCCCCCCCGGGCACCCCUCCCGGCGGCGGCCGCGAUGAGGCGCACUAUAUCAGCACGCAGGAGAUCCAGCUCAGCGAGGUGGACCACGACAUGGACUUCGACGCGGGGCUGGCCGCCCGCUGGGACUUCGAGGAUAACAACGUGAUCUACUCCUUCGUUGACUACGCCUCCUUCGGGAGCGACGAGACCCCGGGGGACACCCUGACGGAGGAGGAGGAGAAUAGCUGCUACCUUAGCACGACCACCAGCGACCCCAACAACCAGACGGACAGCAUCGACAACACCAGCAGCACCGAGAUCGUCAGCCUUACCUCCGAGCACGACACCCCCGGCGGGGACAAGCGCGCCAGCUCCGGGGAAAGCCGGUCCAAGCAGCCCGGCCGCCCCGGCGGGAGCCCGGGCGCCCAGCUUCUCCUAUCAAUCAAAGCCGCUUCCCGGGCUAUAAAUGAGUCUAGCAACGUGCACGGAAAGCAAAACACUGUUUACGCUGCCAAGCAUGAAGGCGACAUGAGUCUCCGUGUCGCCGCGGCUCCCGACCGCAGCGCGAGUUUAAAACAGGAUGCGGUCCGCGACCACGCGAAAAAGUUCAUCGCGGUGCCCGCGCGGCUGCAGACGCGGUGCGGGGCCGCCAGGGCAGGGGAGCACUCGAGCGGCGCCUCCAGCGCCGUCAGCGAGCUGGACGAUGCCGACAAAGAGGUGCGAAAUCUUACGGCCAGGGCUUUCCGCAGCCUGGCGUACCCCUAUUUCGACACCCUGCGCCCCGGCUCCCGCGCCUCCUCCGCCUCCCUAUCCGACAAUGCCCUGGGCAUCAACCGCUGGUCCACCUACCUGGACCUCAAGUGCGGCAGUCUGGGGCCGAGAGCCGAGCCCAGCCUGCUGCGCUCCGGCCGCUCGCAGACCAAAGCCCUCGAGUUCGUGGUCAGCAAGCUCGACGGGGAGAUCGCCCAUGUCGAAACGCCGCGGCGGCUGCGGGCGGGCUCCCGGGUGGUGACCCUGCUGGACCUCGGCGAUGCCGCCGAGGCCGGGGAGCCGCCGGCGGUGGAGGGCGGCGGGAAGGGGUCCAGCAAGAAGUCCAGGUUCGCCUCCAGCCUCCUCAAAAACGUCAUCUCCAAGAAGAUGCAGCUGGAGCACGAAUUCAAGAUGGAGCGGGGCGAGAUCACCGACACCUCCUACACCGGGCCGGGCGCGGGCCGGGAGCCUGAACCCACCGGCGGCAGCGCCGGCCGGGAGCGGCAUCGGGAGGGUGGCGUGCAGCGACAGAACUCCCGGCACUCGGAGGGCGGCUCGGACUGCACCGCGGCGCCGGCGGAGGAUGCGGCCGAGGGCGGCGGGGGCCCCUCUCCGGCCUCCAAGGCGUCGACGCCCCGCGAGGGGAACCGCAGCCUGGACCGGGCGCUGUCGGAGGAGCUGUGCGAGGUGAAGCGCAGCGCCUCGGAGGCCAUCAAGGCCACCUUCCUCCGCAGCCAGAACAGCGCCUUCAGGUCCUGGAAGGAGCGGGAGGCGGAAAGGAAGGAGGAGAGGGCGCCCGUCGGUAAGCUGAAACUCUCUCCCAAGCACGACUGGCGAGCCGACCUGGGCGAGAUCUCUGCCGGCAAGUCCACCAAGAUGUCCCGCCUGUUCGUCCCCGCCAUUCAGCACACCCCUCGGGAGAAGGAACCCGGCAAGAGGGCGACCAAGUGUUCCGCCGCGGCCGCCGCCGUGUCCUCGGCCGCCGGCGGUGCCGCCGCCGUGUCCUCGGCCGCCGGCGGCGUCGCCGCCACCUCGCCCCCCGCCGCCAAGCCCAAAGCCCCCGAGAUCAAGAUCAGCUUGGGCAGCCUGCAGCAGCCCCGGGACGCCGCUUUCAGCAUCGCCCAGCUGCUGACGCCGCAGAUCGCAGGCCGGCCGCCGGAGGAGGGCAGGGGACUGCCGCUCAAGCCUCUCAAGGCCGGCGACGGCCCCGACAAAGUGCCACAGUUCCUGGUGCGCGACGUGAGGGACAGCAAGUACAGAGCCCAGGGGAUCCUCCACCAGGUACGGGACGUGCGGAAGCUCAUCAAAAGCUCCUACAGCGCUGAUUCGGGAGAUAACAGCAGCGACAAGGGCAGCGGCGCCUCCGAGCAAGGCGGCCCGGAGCAGAAGCCCCAGCAGCAGCAGCAGCAGCUGGUCAUCGCCGGUGUCCCCCGGUCGCUCUCCCCCGUGGUCAUCACCUGCCAGGCGGUCGGCCACACCGGCAACAAGCCCACCGAGGCGGGGGCCAAGGCGACGGGCAAGGCGCCCGCCUGCCCUCCGGAGGGCACCGUGCUGGUGCACCGCACCUCGGGCAGGCUGCCAGUGGCCACCAUCGCCCCCAACAAGAGCGAUGCUCGCCAGCCGGCUGUGCUCAAGAUCGUUUCCAAAUCCGCCGCGCCCUGGCGGCACCAGCCGCCGCCGCCGCCCCCCGAGAGGAGCCGGGCACCGGAGGAGGACCCGCGGGAGGAAAGCAAGGCAGCGCCGGUGCAGAACGCGCUGGAGAAGCUGACGGCGGCGGUGAGGAGCAUGGAGGAGCUCUACAGCUUCAACAAGCGCGAGUGGAAGCGCAAGAGCGACCCUCUGCCCAUCACCGACAGCCACGUUCUCUCCCUUAUCGCCAGCCAGGAGCGGGGUGUCGGGUCCCGACCCGCCGCCGCUGCCGCUCCGCCCCCGCCGCCGCCGGCGGACAAGGCGGAGGAGCCGUCGGGCAAGGGGCCGAGCAGCGAGCGGCUGCCCCGCCGCCUCUCCAACAGCACCGCCGACAAGGUCUCGGCCAAGGCGGCCGCCUUCGAGAGCCUGGCCCGGCAGCGGCAGCGCGGCCCGCCGGCGCCCCGCGCCGAGCCCUCCGCCGCCCCCCGCGCCCUCCUCACGCUCCGCGGGGCGGGCGGAGCCGCAGCCCCCGCGCCGGCCAAGCUCCACUCCGAGGGCGGCCUGCGGGGUCCGGCACCGCCGCGCUCCCCUCGGCUGCCCGCGGGCGGCGGCGGCGGCGAUGCUGAGCGCGGCGCCGACUGCGGGAACUAUCUGUCCCUGCCGCUGAAGGCGGCCGCCGAGCCCGGCUCCCCCCCGUCCGCGGGGGCGACGGAGGGCGGCGGCGUCCGCCCCAGCCCGGUGUCGGCCGCGGCGGCCGCGGCAGCGCUGUGCAGCCUGCAGCCCUUCGGCACGUCCAAGCCCUCCGGCAGCCCCAGACCGCCCCCCGGACCCCCGCCCGCCGAGGAGCCCCCCGCCGCCGCCCCGCCGCCCGCCGAGGGUCCGCCCGCCGCCCUGUACCGCCCGCCGCUGCCCUUCGCCGCCCUGCCCGGCGCCGCGCCGCCGCCGCUGCUCUGCUUCUCGCCCUCCGUGCCCGCCGCGGCCACAGCGACCGAGCCCUUCCCGCAGACGCAGCGCAAGGUGCUGCUGGACGUGAGCACCGGGCAGUACUACCUGGUGGACACGCCCGUGCAGCAGCCCCUCAAGCGGCGCCUCUUCGACCCCGAGACCGGGCAGUACGUGGAGGUGCCGGUGCCCCAGCAGCCGGCCGUGGCUCCCGUCCCGCUGCCCCUCUCGCCCCUCGCCCUCAAUGCCGGUGCCUAUGGCGCCACGUACAUGCUCUACCCCGGGCUCCUGCCCGCCGCCACCGUGCUGCCCGCCGGCGCCCUGCAGCGCCCGCUGUCCCACUCGGGCAGCGACGGCAGCGCCCCGGCAGAGCCCGGCAGCCCCGCCGCGCCGGAGGCAGCUUUUGCCGAGAGCCCCUACUACGUGGCUACGAGCAAGGGCCCGCCGCCGCCGCGGCACGGGGCGGCCGAGGCGAAGCCGGUCAUCAGCAUCACAGCGCCGGCCACCGGCCCUCGCAUCGUCGCGCCGCCCUCCUUCGACGGCACCACCAUGCGCUUUGUGGUGGAGCACCGGUGAAGAGCGCGGGGAUAAAGAAGAAGAAUUAUGCUUCUUUAAUAUGAAAUACACUUGGUAACUCUUCAACAUUAAUCCUAAAAACUGCUUCUACAGUUUUCUCAAUUUUUUUGCUUCAUCAUACAAAACAAGCAUGUAAGUUUCUUGUUUUCUUCUAAAUGCCCCCCUGUUUUGGAGUAUGCCUACAUUUAAUUAUGUGAGCAGCACUAAAUUACUUCAUUACUUUGUGCGAAGUUCUUUUUGUACUGAAGCCACUCUGCAGGUUUUAGGCAUUGCCUCUGUGCUGGUAGUUAAUGGUAGCUGUAAAAUGCAGGGUGUAAAUGCAGCAGUGUUUCAGUGUGGAUCACCACACAGCUUCAUUCAGGUCCCUGAAAUGUGUUGUGAUGAUCCAGUGCAGCCCUGCAGCUCUUCAGAAAUGAAAUAAAGCCCUCAGCUCUCUUCUAUUGCAGUAAAUGAGGCUCUUCCAUAUAGGUUUUAGUCACAAUUUGCAAUCAGAUGGGUUUUUGUACUCUCUACUUCUCACUUGGAAUUGCAAAUGAAGAGAGCUGUAGUGUUAAAUUUGUCUUUGGUGUUAAAUUUUGCCAUGGUUCAAAACAAACUGUGUAUAUGUCAGAAAACAUAUUUGAUUGCUUUCAUUUGUUUGCUCCUCUGUACUGUGUUGAAUAUCACAAGUUGCCUUAAUUAGGACAGCGUUUAAAUACUGGGAAACCAGAAAUUGAAUGUAAUAUUUUAAAAUCCUGGUUCUAAAGGAGAGAACAACAUUUAUUUUCCUUUAAGACUGCAGUCCAUUCUUCCUUAAAUUGCAACAUUCUUGAAAACAUAAUCCUAGUCAUUGUCCUGUGAGAUUAAUUUUUAAAUCUUACAGCCUCAGUACUAUGCAGUUGUUUCUUUAGCUGUUUGACAGUUUUAUCUGAGGGCUACAAUUACAAUUUACUAAGAGAAUAUUUACCUUUUGAACAAAAAAUAUGCAAUAAGAUUACUGACAGUGCAGUGAUUUGUAUGUCCAACUCUACUCAAACUGAUUGUUUCAUUACCAGCAACUAGUUUGUCUCAGCAAAAGAGAGUUAUUAUUAUGACAGUAAAAUUAAAAUUCAUUAGUUUGUUCCCUGCCCAAAAUUUUGGUUAAGUGAAGCACUUUGGGAAGCAAAUAAAUGUAAGAUCACACCUAAACUAUAUAGAACUUUCUUGAGGUAACAGAUUAGAAUUUGAAAGUCUAAAUGCAAACCCCAAAAGUCUUUAUUUAAGCAUUUGCCCACAGGCAGGAUUUUUCUCCACCUGUUCCUGCAGCUAGGAAAGUUUCAGUGUUUCCCAUUUUUAAAAAAACCCUGGGUUUUCAUUUUCCUGAGUAACUCACAAGGUACAGAAAAAGUCAGGUAGAACUGUCUUUAACCAUAUGUGUGAGAUUGUAUUUCAAUGCAAUUUAUUUGUUUACAGGCAUAAAUUGUAAUUGCCCUCAGGAUGAAAUGCACUACGAGUGUGCAGAUCACGAAUGAUUUCUCAUGUAUCUUCUCACUCAUUUUCAUCAUUGUGGAAAUCCAGUGAAUAUUCUAACCCUUUUUAAAGAGCUUGGUGUGCCCAUCUAGAGCACAGACUGUGUAAGACUAAUCCCUGUGCUCUUCAACUGUACAGUCUGCAUUACAGGCUUUAACUUCCCUCUGGGAUUUGGGCUGACUGCCUCUUAAAGGAGAUGAAUGCUUCUCCACCUUUCCCAUGGCUGAUAGGUCUGUAGGUGUUGUGAUUAGAGCAUCAGUGUUAAACAGAACAGUACUUGGGACUGCAGGACAGUGCAGGUACCAGAGUAGGAGGUUCCCUGUGACAUACACGUGUGCAGGACGUUCAGUAUGAUACUAGCAUCCCUGUUCCACAAUGUUCCUGUCCUACCUUUUCCUACAUCGGUGCUCGGAGCGGAGUUUCAUGUUGCAGUUUACAAGAUAUAGGUUUGCACACACAACCUCAGGUUUACAGUUUCACCCGGUGUACUUGAAAGGAAAAAAAAAAUGCACAGAAAACAACUGCCCAGGAUUUCAAGUCAAACAGAGACAGUGAAGUCAAACAGUGUUUACUUGAUUUUGUCUAUUACUAAAAAGACUUCUUGUUUGCAUCAAGAGGUCAGUUUUGCAAGGUGCUUCACUUUGCUAACCCAGCAAAGCUUUCACAUGCAUCUCCAACUUCAGAUAUUUAAGCAGAUUCCUGGGGACUACAGUGGAAGGAUUUUUUCCUUCACCCAUCUAUGCAAAGCUUUGCUGAACUCAUCCCAGAGUGCUGAAUGCCUUGCAGACCUGAGCACCAGGUUCUUCACUUCACAGAAUCCGAUCUCUGGGCUUGAGUCAAGCCGGACCCAGCAGAUAAUGCCAUAAAAAGUCACCAGAAAAAAACUCUGGUAAUAUGGUGCUCCUCUGUGUAUACCCAGUGGUGAAUUUCUCCAGUGGAUGGGGUGAUGUGUAACCACAUAUCUUGGAUUAGAGUCAAGCCCUCCAUGUCAGGGCUCACAAGCUGCUAGUAUUAUAUGUUUCACGGUGCAGUCAUAGUAUGUUACAGCUGAAAUUCACCCCAUGUGCAAAGCAGGCCAAAAUCCUGUGCACCACUCAAGUUCCCCCCCAGCUCUGCUGUCAGGGUUUGAGGGCUGCACCAGCCAACUGUACAUGCAUUUUAGGUCAGGAUCCAAUUAAAAGUUUGAGUGGGACUAGAGUGAUGCACCAGAAUGUUGUUAUGGUCUUCUGCAACAGGGUUGGUUUCACUCAGUAUCAAAUUUAGCCCUUGGUGAAUCAACUGGUGAAUGAUUUGAAAUGUAUUUAUGGGUUGUGUGGGGUGUUUUCCCCCCUUGUCUAUAUUCAAUGCUACGUUUAUUCUUUAGUGUAGUGUUGAUGGCCAAAGUGUCAUUCCUUAUGCUUACAUAUUGCCAUUAACUUGUGGCUACCUGAGAACACAUACUUCAAAAAUGCUUGUGCUUUUUUUCACCUAUUUCUUUUUUUUUAUUUCUUCUUCCCCCUCCCCCCCACCACCCCUUUCUUUUUCCUCUAAUUUUUAAAAGAGUGGGUUAGUUAUCGGUGUAAAGAUAUUUAAAAGUGCAAAUGUGAAGUAAGGCUAAUGAUUGUUAAGAGGAUGUGGGUGCUAUGUCUGAUGAGAGAGGCGUGGGCUGUAAGGCAAAGGGGAAAAUGCCGUGAAUGCAUCGUGUUGAUGAUUGUUGCCUGUGGAGGAAGAAUUAAGAAACAGAAGAUGUCAAACUGGAGAGGAAUGGACUCUUUGAGCUGCUCUUAAUGGAGACAACAGUGUGGCAAGAGUGUAGCUGAAACCAAAAGUGAUCCCACUGCAGGGUGCUGUGGGCCUGGGAUUGAAGGACAACAGAGUCGCUCUGGGAAUUGCACAGUGGGAACACUUCAGAGCGUCACAGCCACGUGAGAACAGAGUGUCUGGAACUGCCAUGUACCAAAGUUUGUAACUGAAUGAGUUGACAUUUGUAUUAUGUUGGGGUUUGUUUUGUUUUUGUUUUUUCUCUUGAAUGUUAUGAUAAAUAAAAUGUAUUUUUCAGUAAAAGACACACUGCAAAUAA